AUGGGCCCCUGCGCGCUGGGCGCCGCGCUGCCUCCGCGCGUUUGUCCGCCACACCUGACCCCGGGUGCGGCCCGGCGUUUUCUCCCGUUCCCGUCCCUCCGGGCGCCGCGCACUACCCCGAAGGCGCCCCCGGGCCCGCCCUGUGGGAGCCCCGGGCACGGCUGGGCUGCCGUCUGUUUCAGGCGUUGGGUUUUCCCCUACAAUCCGGACGGCACGAGGAGGGCCCCGCGACCGUGGGGCCGCUGCAGCCCCUGCCCAGCUCCGUGCGCUCCGUGCGCUCCGUGCGGCCCGCGGCGUCGCCAGGGCUGGCUGGAAGGGGCCCCAGCCUUGGCGCGGCUCCCACGUGCCCCGAGGACUCGGCGGAUUUGUUUCGGGCCGGAGCCGCCCUGGAGCGCCGUCCCCCGACAGCCCAGGGCCCGGCGGGGCCUCCCGGCACCGGAGGGCUCUGCCGGGUCCUCACAGGGCGCGCUGCCCGGGGCUGUGCCCCCGCAGCCGGCCGGGGAAGUCCCAGCGGAGCUGCCCUCGGACGACAGCGCGGCCCCCCGUCUUCUCGGCUCCUGGGCCGGGGCCCGGAAGGGGACCCCAGCGGCCGCGUGGCUCCUCGAGGCCCUUUGUCCAGGGCCAGCGCCCACCCGGCCUCUGCUGCCCCGGGAGUGCAGGCGUCGGGGUGGGCCGGCACCCUCCCAGCACACGCGCCCCCAAACCAGAGUCAAACCCAACAAGGGCCCCGGGACGCAGGGGCACGUGGCCGAAGGGGAGGCAAAUGUAGGUCACAGCCGGAAGACAGGGGAGGAACGUCCAGAGCCCGGGGCGCAGGCCUGCGCGGGGACGGACACCCCAGAGGCAUCGACCAGAACUGAGGGAACCAGGGCGGCUCCAUCAGCUGAGACGGGCGCUCCGCUUCAGUCCCCACGCGCAGGAGGCACCGACGACAUCAAGACUUCUCAGGCAAGUCCCUGCCCAGGCGACGGGCCCACGGGCGCCCCCUCCCCACGCUGCGAUCCCGCGCAGCCCACCCGCCGCGCCCCGCCUUCCCUCCUCCCCAAAGCAAAGCGACGAAGCGCGACGUGGAGGCGGGGGGCUCCGCGGUCCCACCAUGCAGAGACCCGGGGGCGUCCAGGUGCACCCCGAUGUCGGGCCAGGGCCUUCCCCGGGGGCCUCGAAGACGGCGCGCGGCAGCUGCUGACCUGGGCCGGUUCGGGUUGGAGCCGCCGUCCGCGUGAAAUCAGGCCUCGGGCGCUGAACGCAGCCUGCGCCCACCUCCUCCCGGAACCGGCUGUCAGCUACACGGUGACCUCCAACCCUCCCCUCCUCCCUGUGGAUCACAGUCCAGCCGCCCUACGGUGCACGACCCCCCGCUUCCCGCCUCCCCCGCCUCCCGCUCGCACCCACUGGAAGCUGGAGCCCUCAGGACCAGCCUGCUCAGCGUCACGUUGCGCUCUGAACCCGCCGCCGCUCAGAGCCGCUGCUGAGUUCAGGGCCGCGGGAGCCACUCCCCACCCCGCCGGGAAGCCCCCCAGCAAAGGCGCCUGCCCCAGAACGCGCGGUGCCUGCUUCCUGGGCGGGGACAGGAGGAAACCCGCCGCCCCGGUGUGGGGGGCUCCCGCGGCCUCUGACGAGGGAAACCAGGGUCCCGGGACGGAGCAGCUCCCGCACGUCCCCACAGGCAGGCAGCGGGGCCAUCUCCCUCCGGGGGGCCUCGGGGAGGGGCAGUGGCUUUCGGGGGAACAACCGGGACCCGCCGGGCCCUCCCCGCGCACCCCGGCCUCUGCCUGGGGUCUCGGCCGGGGCACCUUCCCUCCAGCACCCCCAACCCUCACUCUUGAGGUGCCACAGCGACCACAGCCCCAGGGCCCAGACGGGACGGACAAGCCGCCGGCUGCGCACAGGAGCCCCUCCCAGGAUCAGCAGCUUCCAGAAGCCUCCAGAGCGCCGGGCACGCAGGGAACAGUGACAGCCAGGGGGUCCCGGCCACCCCGGGGAAGGAGGCGGCGCCUCACCUGGACGCACGGCCACCUGGCCCCGGGAGGGCGCGGCCCCUCAGCUCCGGUCAUCCCUCCCUGCGUGUGA